AUGUCCAUGUACGUCAUCGUCGUAUCCGCUGGGAAGGAACAAACAACCGGCAACCUCGAAGAACUAACAAAAUUUAGUACAUUCACCCAGCCGACCGACUACCCCGCUGCGCUCCUAAAACACCGCGUCGCUUCCCCCAAACAUCUAUACAUAGCCGCAUCAGAAGCAGAUAAAGUUGCCACCAGUCUCGGUAUACCGCAAUAUGGCAGAUUCAGCGAAUACACCAAGUCGAACAUCGAAGCGCACUUGGCAAAUAAGCGAGAGGGCGAGCACAGCACAUCUGGCCUAGUUUCUACAUAUCGGAGUGAAGAUGCGGCAUUGUAUUCGAAAGGAAGACUGGGCUCCGAGAAGAAAAGUGUUUUGGCGCUGUGUGUAAAAGACAUGACGCCAGUGUGGCUAGUGAUAGGAAAAGGUCUUUAUGUGCCCGCUUGGGUUGAACAGAAUACCGGUAAUCAUGGGACUGUGAAAGACGAUGGAGUCUGGGUCUGCCUUCUUGAAGCGAGGAUCGUAUUGGGUAUAGAUGAGAAACUAGGCGAGGAGGAAGAGUGGCUUGCUUGCCAGCCUGUUGUACGACAAAAGAUCAGCCAAAGUACAAAGAUAUCCGGUAGCAAUGCGAAAGAAAUUGUCGGGAAGGCAUUUGGCGAGCAAGAAAAGGAAGAGGGCGAGGAUCAAGCGAGAAGACAACCCGGCACACGAGGAGGGCGGGAUCAGGCGAGCCAUGCAAAGCUCAGAAGAAGCCCAUCAACGAGUUCCCUACCUCCCCCUCAUAUCCCCGCUCGGAGAAGCUCUUUAAACUCUUUCUCCCUCAAAGUGGCCGGCUCAACUGAAAGCAGUGCUGAGCCAAGCUCAAAGCUCAAGGUCACCACUCGCGACGCGACGAUAUCUCUCACAAAUGCCGACCAACAACGUGCUACAUCACUAAUGAAGUAUGCGCUACUAGUUGCGCACGGAAAAAGGAUCGAAGCAGAGGAAACGUGGCUACUGGACACAAUACCCCUCAGUGAGAGCUUGUCUCAAGCAGGAAGCUUGCAUACGAUCCGUGAAGUGGAUACAGAAGGAGAAGACGGUGAAAUGAAACAUGAGAGCGCCCCCGAAGCUGACAAAAGGAGCCACAUAACACCAAUUGAGUCGUCAAGAACUUCUUCUCGAUGGAACAGUGAAUCCGACUUAGACGACGACAAGUCGUCACAACGUCACGCCUGCCCGAGCGAAGAUACCGAUUCGUUCCAGGAAGAUUGUAGGCGGACUAAGAGGUCCCUAGCACCAUCGCCUUCUCAGUCCAUGCUGAAUCACAGUGUUGAAGGAAACCGCGAGCCCUCAUCUCAUUCCCGUCGAUCGCGCCGCGAACUGCUCCUAGAACUGCAGUCCGAUGAGGACUCGUUACUGCGAGAGUACGCACGCGUCAGCCUACAAGCCAGUGGAGUCUUCGAUGAGCAAAGAAAUAUUUCACAAGAAGAUCACGCAGUCUCGCGCGCAGAGACUCAAGCUCCCCCUCAUCAUGAUCCAGCCGAAGAUGACAUGCUUCCAGCCAGACGACACACGCGGCUCGCAACUUUAGCACACCCUACAUCACCACCACACUCCCCGCCGCCACCACCAUCAUCCACCAUGCACACCACCCCUUCCUCCCCAUACACACGUCUUCACCAGAGCCCCUUCUCCUCCCAACCCAUCACCCCCCAAACAGGUCACUCAUCCUCGACCCUCGUAAACACCCCACCAAGCCUCUACGUCACCCCACCCAGCUCCCUGCAAACCCCCUCCUCCCUCCAGCAAACCAACACACCCUCGAAAAGCGAUGCUCUCAUGGCUCGCGGCAAGGGCCUUCGGGAGAAGGGAAAGGAGAUUCAGAGCCGGCUUGCUGAGAUACGGGAGCGACAGAAAGCCGGGGACAAGAGGAAGAAGGGGAGCGAUGUUUGGGGUAGUAUUGCGGAUAAGGAGGAGUAG